AUGCUGUUUACUCUACCCCUGCGGGCAUGGAGCGACAGAAGUCUUGAGAAUUCAAGAGAAGUGACUCUAUCGAAGACGAAGAAGAAGGGAAGGGAGCAUAAAGAAAAUGUAGUGAGCUCGAUACGAGAUGCUGCAGAGAAGUACGAAUCAGCGUACGUUUUCAGUUUUGAGAACAUGAGGAAUCUCAAGUUCAAGGAGUUCAGGGAGCGGCUCAAGUCUUCAAGCAGAUUUUUUCUAGGGUCAAAUAAGGUUAUGCAGAUUGCAUUGGGUAGGUCUGUUGCUGAUGAGAUCAAACCGCGCCUUCACAAGGUCUCAAAGCUUCUCCGCGGAGAUUCAGGACUUUGUUUCACUAGUUUGCCUAAAGAAGAUAUUCAAAGAAUAUUUGGAGAAUAUGAAGAUUAUGACUUUGCUAGGACUGGAAGCACUGCAACUGAAACGGUGGAGCUGCAAGAAGGUCCUCUGGAUCAAUUCACACAUGAAUUGGAACCAUUCUUGCGCAAGCAGGGAAUGCCUGUUCGGUUAAACAAAGGGGUCGUGGAGCUCGUAUCAGACUUUGUUGUAUGUGAAGAAGGAAAACCAUUGUCACCUGAGUCAGCCCGCAUCCUGCGCCUUUUGGGUGUCAAGAUGGCUACCUUCAAACUCCAUCUGGUAUGUAGGUGGAGCUUGGAGGACUUUGAGGUUUACCAAGAAGGGCUGGAAGAUUCGGAUGUCGAGUCCUCUUAG